AAUUCCCUUUUAUACUUAUAAAGUUUCCAAAAUGAGUACACACGUACCUUCAAGUUGGAUAGUGGAAUGAUAGUGUAAUGAUAGUGGAAUGAUUUUCGUUACCCGGACACGGAGCAUCGUUCCUCAUGCCGCGAGCUGUGGGCCAGCUGAGGAGAAUGAGCGUCUGUAAUGGCCUGCGCAAGAUGACCCUUGCUAAUGUCUUCAUGGCCGCACUUUUGCUGCUCCCUCGGGUCAACACUAAAACAGAGCAUGCGAGCGUGGAUGGCACACAGUACCACGAAGACACAAGCCUUCAUUCCCUCGAUAUAUUCUCAAUCCCCGCACCCGACACUCAAGACAAUACUAUUAACUGGACAGACUCCGAUAAACAAAACCUGGAGAAUUCAACAGAAAAUGAGAUUUUCGUGCCACCAAACCCCGGCAGUGUGAGCGCAGCGGAGGUUGAAGAGACUGCCGAUGCAGGGAUAGUGUAUCAGGUACUGGGACCAGGCCGCUACACUGCACUCGAGGGACCUCUCAACGUGACCGUGCUCAGAGGGAGUAACCGGAAAAGGACGUUUAUCGGGCCACAGCACUCCGAGUUUCUUCAGUUGUCGGCUCGCCUGCUUCAUUCGUCCGAUGAGCUCGGUAGUCGCACCAUUGGUCCGGUGGUCGAAGGCGUCCACUACUCCACUUCACUGCCAUGUGGCUUGGUCAGCGUGGGCGGCACGCAUGUCAUCAGGUUGUCGCGUAACGAUACGGUACUGGCGGAGACGAUCGUGCUUGUGAGGUGGCCUAAGGUUGUGGUGCUGCCGCCUCUCAACGGAGAACCAAUCUCUGCCAGGCUUGAAUCGAAGUGUCGCCCGUUACCGAGCGAGCGUCCACUACAGACUUGUGGGGAGCUGUUGCAUCACGGCUCCGUGUCAAGUUUGAGUCCAGUCAUUUUGCCUCUCCAGCACCAGUUGCUACACGACGGAUCUGAAAUAAAACCUUCAAACUCCAGUAAAACAAACAAUGAUUCUGUAAAUAUACAAGCAAUCAAAGAUAUGCUUUACAAUUCCAACGAAGAGACCCCACUCACCUUACAGGAAAAAAGAAAACUCAUUUCUCUCUCGCAGGCCGAGGAAAAACCGAAACUCAUAAAAACGGCCUCAUAUAGUCUCAUACAAAGCUACUCAGAAAUCAGCAAUAAUACCGUUCAUGAUUCGAUGCCAGCUGAGACAGGAAGGAAAGAGAAAGCACAGCAGCAGACAAAGUUCUGUGAACCGCCACAAGUGAGAGGAACGGAUGAGGAUGGUUCUGGCAGGGUAGUGGACCGGGUUCGCCUCACCUCCCUCUACUCCAGCGGAGAAUCGGACCUGUGGUUCGACUGCCGUCACCUCAUGGACGGUGAAGUGUACAGUGCACGGAUUACCGUUCAGCUUCCCGCGUCGCCUGUACUUGGAUCAUCGCCAAGGUUUACGGUUCAAUGGUCGACGAUGGUGUCACUGAACGUGACAGUUCGCUACAUGCAAGAGUGUCACGGCAGCGCCUCCGUCAGGGUUGGUCAAAGGACAUGUCGAAGUACUCUGAACAAGAUCAGGGUGUAUGCGCGGGUUCCUUUCAACGUGGAUUCUGUCAACCCACCAGUUGAAGAGAAGUACUUGGCGGAGUACAGAGUGCGGCGGCUGCCUGUGAACAUCCCGUGUUCGCUAUUUUCUGAAGGACCGUCCGAAUAUUGCUUCGUGUACGUGAGCAUUGCGUCAUCUGGGGCCGUGUUCGAGGUGGCCAGGGUCUGCCGGUCUACUCUGCGACCCGGAGGUGUGAUCCUGCACAGAACCUUGACGUAAUUUCAACUAGAGUUCAACUGCACAUCAGUUACAUUUUCAACUGGAGUCCAGCUAUAUAUGGCCCUAAUUAUGAUCUCAACUAGAGUCUAGCUCUAAGCCCCAGUUGCUAUCACAACUAUAGCCCGUCUCUCGCUGUACGCCAUUUUAUUCAGUCAAAUCACCGGAACUGCCAUAUCUCCCAAGAAGUCCUAGCACGACAAACUUCGAGGUUGACAGCCCGCGCGUGGUCUCUCGCUUUGCCCUGCGCCACAGUGCAAGCACUCUGCGCGACAGCGCGCC